AGUUAUUAUGGCUGCUGCGCAUUCCCUGUCAGACUUCCUCCCUUCCUAUUCCCUGUCAGCUCCUGUCCUUUCCCAAUCCUGUCAGACAUUGUCCCUCCCAAUCCUGUCAGACAUUGUCCCUCCCAUUCCUGUCAGUGGCUUCAGCUUAAUCCUUAUGGCUGUUGCCUAUUCCCUGUCAGCCCUUGUCCCUUCCCAUUCCUGUCAGUGGCGAUAGUUCAGGACUGGACUGGGGUUCCAAAUAGGCUUUGGCAUUUGUAGUACACAGAGUCCCAAAAAGCCCCUUUAGCCCAUUUAGUAGUCACUUUCUAUGGCAUCUUACAGCAGCCCCUCUGGCAUUUGCCAGAACCCACAAUUGCCAGUCGAGGUCUGCGGGUUCAGCUCAGUUGUUAUGGCUGUUGCCCAGUCAGCCCAUGUCCCUUCUCAUUCCCUGUCAGUCCUUGUCCCUUCCCAUUUGUCCUUUAUCUUUCCUGCCCGCUCUCUUUCCUUCCUCCCUAUUGUAUUGAUAUGAGGAAUAAGAUUCCUGUCAGGAAGUUGUAUUUUUAGGAGCAGCAUUAAUUUAUCUGGACACAAACAUCCCAAUGACCCUGAACAAAUCCAGAAAAGUCUGAUCUUCAUAAUCAUCCGCCGGCAUCGCUAGAGUGGCCCUAAGGCCCCGGUAAAACUUUAAACCCCUGGAUCUCUCCUACUGGCACUCUGCCCACCAGCCUUGAGCGACCCAUUCAGCCAUGAGUUCUAAACUGGUCCAGGCUAUAGACUCGCUCAUCUCGGUCUUCCACACCUACUCAGGACGGGAAGGAGACAAGUGCAAACUGAGCAAAAGGGAAAUGAGGGACCUGAUACAGAACGAGCUGGCAGAGUAUCUCGAGACCCAGAAAGAUGCCAUGUCCGUAGACAAGAUCAUGAGUGAGUUAGACGAGAACGGAGAUGGUGAGGUGGACUUCCAAGAAUUUGUGAUCCUUGUGGCGUCCCUGACAGUGGCCUGUAAUUCUUUCUUCAACCAGGAAGACUGACCCUGUUCAGGGGUGGGGGCUCUCUGCCAGGACGUGAUGCAUGCUGGGAUACCACAGAACCGUUGUGUCGAAAUAAACAUAAAAAAUGCAAGUUGUUGGCUCAGGCU